GGGCUGGAGGGGAACCCCAAUCGAUGGGUGUAUAUGCGGCCGAACCGCCGAAGAAGGCCCGCCGCACCGCCACCAUAGGCGAUAAGAUGAGAGAGCAAGAAGGGGAGGAGAAGACAGAAAUACGCUUUCCAGAGGCGUAUUUCCUUGGAAAGCGACAACUCAGAAUCAAAAUCAAAUAUCCCCCCUCUCCCCGCGACGCGAGUCCUCGCCCUUCUCCCUCGUCUCCGGUAAACUUUCUCGCCAAGUUUCCAGAGGAUCGCCAUGAAUCUACCGCCCCGACCUCCCUUCCCCGCGUACGGGCGGAACUUCACGGCUGCGCCAGGGCCAGGCGGGCCGGUGCCGGGCUACGCCAGCUACGGCCAAGCCUCCGCCACCAAUGCGGAGGGCACCACCUCCGUACAUGGCCCCUCCUCCUCCUCCUCCUUUGGCACGGCGCCGGUGUACGGGCACGGGCACGCCGCGCCGGGCCACGUCCACGACGCGGGCGGCUUCAACCACGGCGCCUACUACAACCCGCGGAGCACCACGCCAGCGGCAGGAUUCCCGCACGCCGCACCGGUCCGCGUCGCCGGCCAAGCGAUCGUCCCCGGUUCCUACGGUAGCGGCCUCGCGCCCCACGGCGCGUACGGUCCCCAAGCCCACGCCCGCCACUUCGGGCCCCAAGGCCACGGCCAACUGCUCAACUCGUGCUCCUACGGUGGCGGCCUCGCGCCCCACGGCGCGUACGGCCCCCAAGCCCACGCCGGCCACGGCCAACUGCUCGAGCUCGACUCGAGCCCCUACGGUGGCGGGCUCGCGCCCCACGGCGCGUACGGCCCCCAAGCCCACGCCCACGCCCCCCAAUUCGGGCCCCAGCUCCUCCUCUCCGAUGGCGAUGCCGAUGCCGAUGCCUACUUGCCUAUGCCACCAUUAGGUCUGAUUGCUGAUGUUGUGGUUCAGAGUAUUUGGAGAGACAACAGUGAUGAAGCUUUCGGAAGGAUCAAGGAGAUGCUCAAGCACAGAAGAAGACACCUCCACAUCGCCCUUGACUUGGAGUACCUCGCCAGCGGCAGCACAGAUGUUAAGUUUCGGCCAGUAAGCGCCAUGGAAUGGUACGGGCAUCUUCAGGAUUUUGUGAACAACGGACAGGUCGUGCAGCUAGGGAUGGCCUUUGCCGUGCAGCCACUUCCAGGGGAACCCAGUGUUCCGGUUGCAGCCUAUGAAAUCAAUUUCCAGAUUGACUUGGAGCACGGAGAUUUCAAUUCAGCAGGAGUAGAAUUCUUGAAGAAACAAGGACAUAACCUGUUGAUGCAUCAGAAGCUUGGAAUUCUUCCACAGAUAGUGUAUGCAGGGCUUUUAUGCCAUCUCCCUUUCGGACAGAGUGAUGUGACAUGGCUAGCUUAUAACGGCGAUCGAGACAUCGCAUUUAUACUAAGACUGCUGCAAUAUGGAGGCUCCGGGAUUCAGUUGCCAUCGAGGCAAGGCACGUUUGGGUACCAAAUGAGGCAGCAAUUCCCUAAAUACUUUGAUGUCCGUGUGUUAGCUCAGCUCGUCAAGCCAGGCUGGAAUGGCAAGCUGACGACGCUUGCCACCGAGGAAUACCUGAAUGUGGACAGGAUAGGAGGCGAGCACUUCGCUGGUUCGGAUGCGUUGCUCACCAUGUCGUGCUUUGCUAAAAUUCUCAAGGUUGCCCAGAGGGAAAGGAUCAGGGCAAGAACAGGCUUGCUUUCAGGAGUGGAGGAGUUACACCUAUCUAUUCGGUGCAGCAGAGGAAUUUUUGCAUCAGACAUUGUUCGCAUGGAGAUUCACAGAAAGAACUUUGAUCAGGAAUCCAAUUUGAUCUCUCAACUUAUGUCUUGCAAUUUCGAUAUUCUUGGUAUUCAGGUAAUUGUACCUGGGCAGUGCAGUGGACAUGUGAAUCAACACUAUCAAUCCAUCAAGUCUCACAUUCGAGGGGUCACCAAGUUUGACGUGCAGAUGGGUUUCAUGAACAGUGAAGGGCGCCUCGGGUUUGGCAGGGUUUGGCUUUUUCACCUGGACAUCGAACCCGGUGAAACACGUGUACAUCCUCAGAGACUAGCCGCUCUUCUAGCAUCUACCGGAGCUACUCAUGUUGACACGACUACAUUUCUGGCCUACCGAGGUGCCUACGGGAUGGAAGUUCUUCUCCAGUCGUUCAUACACCCUGGUGAGCUCCCGGUUCAUUCGUGCUACUACGCGACUACUUUAUCGACCUGGUUCCCAACUCUGUACGACAUCUCUCUGCUUGCGGGCGUGUGCCCUGGAGUUGUUUGCACUGGCAACGAGACUGCUCUUGCUCAGGUUGCCGCGUGCCUCGGUGUUGAUUCAGAUGAGUGCGAAGUGGUGACAACACUGAGGUGCUACUUGAAGAUAAGGGGACGGAUUGGCUCUCUGCAGAUGACUGGAUUGACGCGCCAGCUAGAGUGAACCGUCUGUCGUGUACUUUUUUUUUUAGAGCAUGUCUGUCACCUGUCACCUUAACAUCUGGAAGAUAAAGGCCACAUUCGCUCCAAAUAUGCAGACUGUAAACACAACCACGUGCUCUGUAUGUAGCAUUCCUUCUAACCAAAUCUCGAGCCCAAGAGGUUUUUCGGUUUCUGGAUCUCUUACGGUUAGGGCUUGUGUUUGAAAGCAAAACUAGACGGAUUGGCGCGCUCCGCGACGCCGUCGAGUGUGUCAUGUCAUCGAUUUCGAGUAACUGUGCUGUUAUGCAUAGUUGUUGCGUCACUAAAUGAAAAAUGAAAGACUUUUUGAUUUUUCUGUCCCGUCUGCUCUUGUUGUCAGGUGCCUAGAAGUGUGACAUUGUGCCCAGACAAAUUUGGCAUUGAACAUGUAAUUAUUAUACGCAACAUCAGGCCAACACAAAAAAAACGCUUUCCAUCAUAGUG